AUGUCUUCUUCCAACAACAACAACAACAAGGCAACGAAACGGAACCUUGUUUCAAAUGAAAACCAACCCGAGGUUGGUGCCGAGGAAGAUGAAGAGUCAGUGAUAAGUGUGACGAGUCAGUUGACGAUGAAACCUAUUGAGAACUGUAAGAAUCUUAACAAAGAAGUGAUUCUUCGACGGAUUCGUCACCGGAAAAGGAUGAACAAGGUGCGAGCUGCUGUUGGAGGCAUAUUUAGAGGAUCUUCAAAGGAUAGUGGCGAUGGCGGUGAGGGGACUGUUCAGCACAAGAGAUGGGUGGAUGAUGCAUUUGCUGCCUUGUAA